AUGGCAGCGGCUUCUACGACCGGUAUCCUCAAAGUCAAAGGAACCGAUAUUGUAGAUAAGGAUGGAAAGACCGUCCUACUUCGAGGGGCCGGCAUUGGCGGAUGGAUGAAUAUGGAAAACUUCAUCUCAGGGUAUCCCGGUCGAGAAUAUCAAAUCAGAACAGCCCUUUCGAAAGUACUAGGCCAAGAGAAGUCGGACUUCUUCUUUGACAAGUUUCUUGAAUACUUCUUUACAGAAUCCGACGCCAAGUUCUACAAAAGCCUCGGACUGAAUUGUAUCAGAGUACCAUUCAACUACCGACACUUUGAAGAUGAUAUGAACCCCAGAGUUCUCAAACCAGAGGGUUUUAAGCAUCUCGACAGACUUAUUAAUAUAUGUGCAGAUCAUGGGAUCUACACAAUUUUAGAUCUCCAUACUGCGCCGGGUGGACAAAAUGGUGACUGGCACGCAGAUGUCGGUCACCACAUUCCUGAAUUUUGGACUCACAAGGAUUUCCAAGAUCGUGGUAUCUGGCUAUGGGAACAAUUAUCUGCGCAUUAUAAAUCCAACCCAUGGAUAGCAGGUUACAACGUUCUUAACGAACCCACAGAUCCAACUCACUAUCGUCUUCAGCUCUGGUAUGACCGCGUGUACAACGCCAUCCGUGCCAUCGACCCCGACCACAUCCUUUUCCUUGACGGAAACACCUUUGGCUCGGAUUUCUCACACUUUGUGCCUUCGGAGACUUGCCAAAAAUGGGAGAAUGUAGUCUAUAGUGUUCAUGAUUACUCACGCUAUGGAUUCCCCGCAUCGAAGGAGUGGUAUACAGGAUCCGAAGAGCAAAAGCAGCAAGUCAGAAAAAACUAUAAUAAGAAAGUCGAGUGGAUGUUGCAAAAUAAUCUACCGGUCUGGAAUGGAGAAUGGGGACCGGUUUAUGCGAGGCCGUGGUUCGAUGGCGACGAUAGCGAUAGGAUUAAUGAGAGCCGCUUGAAAUUGUUGGACGACCAGUUAACUAUCUAUGAUGAGGAGAGGAUUCCGUGGAGUAUCUGGACCUACAAGGAUAUUGGAUUUCAAGGUAUGGUAUAUGUCUCCCAGGACACACCAUACAUGAAGCUCCUACAACCAUUCUUGGAAAAGAAACAGCGUAUGGCAAUUGAUUCCUGGGGUACAAAUGAAGUGCAUAUUGCACAUAUUGUCGAGCCGAUCCGGGAGCACCUCACAAAGAAUAUCGCUCCCGAGUAUAGGAAUCUGUAUCCUUACCCGGUCAUUCCAUACGACUCACGGGUUAGCAAGAUUGCAAUCAACAUACUUACGGCCGAGUUUUUGGUUCAAGAGUGGGCUGAUUACUUCAAAGGGAAGAGUUUUGACGAGCUGGACGAGAUAGCCUCGAGCUUUAGGUUUGAGAAUUGCUUGCAGAGGGAGAGCUUGAAUAAGGCUCUAGUAGCACACAAAGAUGUACAUCAGUGA